CAAUUUCAAAAUGAUAGACCACCACAACCAGCAGCAUGGCUAGGAACGAGGAAAAACAGUAUGGGAGACUGAAUCGGUUGUGGAUUCAAAAACAGAGAGAAGAGGGCCGUAUCAAAGAUGUUCAACGUAGACCAAAACUUUCAACACUGAACUCCGUUACUGCUGUAAGAAAGUGGAUGCCAAACAUCAAGGAUGAAAUCGAAUACUACUUGCAGCAAUCCCAGCUGUCUCACUAUCCGGAGAGGAAGAUUGCAGAGUUCAAGCUGCACAUCGAGGAGUUGGAGAGGGAGUAUAAACGCUUCCUCAAUAAGCUCCGUGCUCUCGACCCAUCCCAUAAACAUCAUCCCUGGACACCCAGAGCCUACGCCAAACGCAGACAGGACGCCCCUGAUGCCCCUUAUGAAAAAAGAUUGCGCACACUUGGCCCUGCAGUCUUGACCAGUCAGACGGACGUUGGUGAGGAGGAGCAGUGCUGCAGUGCCAGUGUCCAGCCCCCGCCGGAGCGCAGGGCCAACGUGGACCUGCCCGACCAGGACCAGCCGCUGGCUUUCGACCGGACCAAAUUGUCGGUGGUUGUGGCCGGGUGCCGAGGCCCGCUAGUGGGCACGCAGCAGACGGAGAGCCUGGCUCAGCUGCUGUUCUCGGGGCUGCCCAACCUGCACAGCUCCCCUCUGGCGCAGGCCAGAGCAGCUCAGAGGCUCUCGACAGAAGAGACGGGGAAGACAGAGAAAGAGAAGACUUCCUCAGAGACCAAGAGAGCGGAGGAUGUGCUAGAGAAGGUUCCCUCAGAGACCAAGAGAGCGGAGGAUGUGCUAGAGAAGGUUCCCUCAGAGACCAAGAGAGCGGAGGAUGUGCUAGAGAAGGUUCCCUCAGAGACCAAGAGAGCGGAGGAUGUGCUAGAGAAGGUUCCCUCAGAGACCAAGAGAGCGGAGGAUGUGCUAGAGAAGGUUCCCUCAGAGACCAAGAGAGCGGAGGAUGUGCUAGAGAAGGUUCCCUCAGAGACCAAGAGAGCGGAGGAUGUGCUAGAGAAGGUUCCCUCAGAGACCAAGAGAGCGGAGGAUGUGCUAGGACUUGGCUGCUACUCAUCCUCUGAUGAGGAUUCGUAACGGACUGUCGAGAGGCCCUGUGUCUUUCAGAACGGAGUGCUCCGAUGGUGCAGUCUUCAAUGGCGCUUGUGUAAGUGUUUGUUUCUCUUUCAUGUUGGGGAGGAACAUGAAAAAUAAUAUAAUACUGACAAUAGGGAAUUAAAUGCUCUCGUGGAAACGAUCAGAAAACGCUUGAGUGCUCAUAGAGUCGAGUGAUUACGACUUGAUAUUUUAAAAGAAAAAGAUGUCACACCAAGCCCAGUCACCCGGUUGCACUCGUAAUGGUCUCAGUGGAAGAAUAAUUACUUGUUGUGGUCUGAAACAUAACGAGGGGUUUCACAUUGACAUAACACUUAUGUAUGAAUCAAACGGUCUCUCACCACAGUAGGUAGCAAUCUCUCAUCAGAGCAGACCUCCACUCCACAAAUCUGCUGAUUCAGAAGAGGGUGUGAAGAGACCUCCCUCCCACGCCCUCCCCACCUUCCCCUCCCCCCUCGCUCCUCUCGAUAAUCAUUCAGCUAGUCAGUCAGUCUGAGACAGCAGAGGAGUGGAAGAGCGAUGUGAUGUGAUGUGAUGUGAUGUGAGGCACGACCACAGCUCCUAACCUCGGCUUCUCUCCUCUGCUGUGGGGAGCGACUUCGGGGAAAUGCUCUGUGCUCUGUCAUCUCAGCUGUUGUGCCUGUUCAGCAGCAAGUGUUGCGUGCUGCAGCAGUACUGACUGUGCUGCUGGUGGCGGUGGUGGAGGACGGGAUGGGCAGGAUGAUGCAUGUUGAGGUCUGAGUCUGACUAGGACCCCCCUGGCUGUCAGUUGAGGUGGUGGCCUGGGUUUCCUCAGGUGCUUGCAGGAGAAAUGAAACCUAUGGUGUGUUACGCCAUAGUUACUAGUAUGGAGGGAUUUUGAGUUUCACUUGAAAUUCACUUUUUCCAUCAUUGUCAUUUUGGAGAAAUGAAACUUAAUUUUGGGGGGGCAUUUUAGACCUGAUUAUGCCGAUAAGUGGAUAGAGAUGCGUGGGUAAAGAAUAAACUUUGUCAUGAAACCUCUGAUUACUCAAUUAUUCAAAUUAAUGUCUGCGCUUGUAUAUUGCUUUGUGGUCUGUGUUG